ACGUGCAACACGACUGAUGGCAGUGUUGGUGGCAGUGCUGAGUGCUGCUUCCUGCACUUCAGGACAACAUUCGUCACAACUGGAAGAGCUGGGCGCUGGUACUGAAACAGCUCUGAAGGACCUGGUGCGGGCGUUGCAGCCUGACAACAUUCCUCACUUCGUCGGUUGCAUUAUCGACAAUCCUGCAGAGAAGAACUGUGAUAUCAGAGCUUUGGGAAUACGAGUGUUGGCGAAAACCUUGGACAUCGUGGGUUUCCAGUGCAGCAGCUGCAGCCCUGAAAUCAUCGAACAAAUGUGCUUAAUCAGGAACAGCCUGGCGGCCAAUCCGGACCAAUGUAACAGGAUGCAGACUGGUCUUCAACUCGAGACCGACAUCUGUAAUAAUACUUUCGUAUGUGAGGGAGUGCCUGCAGCCGAAGAAAGAGCAAAUCUCCUGCAACAGUAGCAGCAGGAGACAAUGCAGAUGCUAGAGGCUGAAGAGGCUCUUUUUAGUAAUCCUGUCUACCUACUUACCACGAGUUCUAGAACCAUCUUACCAGUAGCUCUAUGUAAAUCUUGGAGGAAAUUCAUACCAUCUUAGCGGAUACUAAACUCAUCUUAAAAGAUAAUAAGCCUAUUUUAACGACGGAGAUAAUUUGGUGUGAUGCAAGAAAGGAAGUGAUAAGUCCAGUUCUGUACAGCAAGAGCCUUCAGAGGCAAGUCCCUCACCUCCCAAACAUUAUUCGUCAACAAUGCGCAGAGUUCAUUAAAAAACCAGUAGACAGAAUCUUUAUUAACACGUUUUGCUAAAUGAAAACUUUAUAAAGUAAUCUGAUAAAGUUCACUGGGCGAAACGUCAUAUUUAAUAAAGACUUUCUUUGUUCAUGUCUAUUUGACUGAUUUCGUAUAAUUAUUUAUACAGGAAGCUGAGUUGAGCUUCUCUCCUUCUCCUGAAUCAAAUUCUGCUCAAGAUACAACUGUUGUUUACAGCUGUUGGUAUCUUUGAAUCUGUCAGUGUGAUAAAGAUAGUUUCAGUGUAGCGUUGUUAUUCGUUCCUGUGAGAAACUAAUACAAAAACAAUAACUUUUCAUACAACUCAGUACUGUGUACUGGAGAGACGUUUCCACCAGGAAGUGACUUGACAAAGCCUCUUGAGUACACGAAAGUCUUUGAGACCACUGAAUAAUCCACACGGGUUUAGCGCACCACCAGCGUUGCUGUGAUCACUUGUUGGUGGUUCCUGGGUCAUCGACACAGUCAGGCUGUUUGUGCCAGCAGUACACAGGUGAUGCUAGUUUAGUACUGCCUGGAGGCUCGUAAACACCUAUCCGACAUAUAUAGAUUUGAAUUCCCGCACAACUUUCCCACAGUGGAACACGUGCUACAGUUGUGUAUCUUUAUUUCUUUCAACACACCGGCCGUAUCCCACCAAGGCAGUGUGGCCCAAAAAGAAAAACGAAAGUUUCUCUUUUAAAUUUAGUAAUUUGUACGGGAGAAGGAGUUACUAGCCCCUUGCUCCCUGUGUAUCUUUAUCGUAGACCGAAAUGUUUUGCUUACAUAGUUGGCUUUAGUCAAAUACAGUAGGAUCCCCGUAUCCGCGGGUCCAGUUUCCACUGUUUCAGUUAUCCGCUGAGGCCCGAAAAUAUUAAGAGGGUAGCCGGGUUCUACUAGGAAAAUUUUAAUAAUAGUCUGCUUUCAAUUUGUGCUAAACUGUUAAUGUUUAGGAUGUUAUAGUUGACUCUGCAUGAACAAGAUUAAAAAUAAAUUGUAUAGAAGAAA